AUGCAAUCUCUGUACGAAAUCGAGACUGAAACUCCUCGUUUGUCUAUUGUUCAGGGCGCUUCAAGUCCUCCGUUGUUAGACCUUACUCUUGGGGAUCUUCUGGAUCAGCAAACGAGGCUUCGUGCUGGAUAUGAAUGCUUAGUAUGUCCGUCUUUUGGAACGAGAUGGUCGUAUGGAACUUUGCAGGAGGAGAGUGUUGCUGUGGCUCGUGGUCUGUUGUCAUUGGGUAUAAAAUCGGGUGAUAGAAUUGGAAUAUUGGCGGGUAACUGUGCGGAGUACAUUUCUGUUUUCUUCGCCGCGGCUUAUAUUGGAUGUAUACUGGUGGUUUUGAAUAAUACUUACACAACACAAGAGGCGAAGAACGGGCUGAAACAUGCUGGUUGCCGAAUAUUGUUCACCGUACCCAAAAUUGGAAAGCAGAGUACUGAAAGACUCAUUUCAGAAUUAGGACCUUUACCAAAGGAGAAUGGAAAUUCUGAAGCUUUGGAAAGGGUGGUGAUAUUGAGAGGUUCUCGAGAUGGUUUCGUGAACUAUGAUGGACUGAAACGUCAAGGUCGAGCAAGUUCAAUGGACGAAUUCGAGAGAGUAAAGAACACGGUCAAGCCGGAUGAUAUCGUGAACUUACAGUUCACAAGUGGAUCGACAGGAAGUCCCAAGGCAGCAAUGCUUACACACUUUAAUUUAGUCAAUAAUGCCAACUCAAUCGGCGACCGUCUGGCGUUCACAUCCCAAGAUAUCUUAUGCUGUCCACCACCACUGUUCCAUUGUUUCGGCUUGGUACUGGGCGUUUUAGCAAUCAUAACACAUGGUGCGAAAAUCAUUCUUCCAGCGGAAACCUUCGAUGCUUCUGCGGUACUGCGGGCAGUAUCAGAUGAGAAGUGCACUGCACUUCAUGGUGUCCCAACCAUGUUUGAGGAAAUUCUGAGUCUGCCACGACCAGAGGGUUUUAAUUGUGAUAGUUUGAGAACGGGGAUAAUAGCUGGUGCACCAGUACCGAGACCUUUAAUGAAGAGAUUAUUGACGGAAUUGAAUAUGCGGGAAUAUACAUCUAGUUAUGGUUUAACGGAAACUUCACCAACUUGCUUCAAUGCCUAUACUUACGACACUAUCGACACGCGUCUGACGACCGUUGGGCAGAUCCUUCCACAUCUUCGUGCGAAAAUCGUUGAUCGAGAUGGAAAUAUCGUCCCACAGGGCGCAAGAGGAGAGCUUUGCAUAUCUGGAUAUUCUCUGCAGAAAGGAUAUUGGAAUAAUGAGGAGAAGACGGCAGAAGUAAUGGUUAGAGAUAAAGAUGGAAUCUUGUGGUUAAAAACAGGUGAUGAAGCUUCUUUCGACGAAAGAGGAUAUUGCUCUAUCACUGGGCGUUUCAAGGAUAUUAUUAUUCGAGGCAAGUUAUCAUUCAAUGAGGGAUGUGAGCAGAAAAUUAACUAUUCCCCAGGUGGUGAAAAUAUAUAUCCCCUCGAAAUCGAAACUCGUCUCGAUGCCCACCCUUCGAUCUCCCGAGCGAUAGUAGUUGGCAUUCCAGAUCGCAAAUAUGGAGAAGUUGUCGGCGCCUUCCUGGAUGUGCGAGAAGAUUCGGCGGCAGUUAAAAAGAAGCUUUCAGAUGCAGAAAUUAGGGAUUGGACAAGAAAAGAGUUGGGAUGGCAUAAGGCACCGCACCAUGUAUUUUGGUUUGGAGAAGAAGGAUUGAAGAUGGAAACUCCGAAGACGGGUAGCGGAAAAGUUAAGAAGUUUGAGUUGAGGAAUGAAGGAGCUCGAAUUGUGAAAGAGAGGAGCAUGAUUCCUAAGCCUAAGUUGUAG